AUGCCCGUCGAUCCACAGGACAGGAUACGCACAACAAAGGCCUGUGUUGCCUGCUCCAUCCGCAAGAUCAAGUGCGACGGCCAGAACCCCUGUGCCCACUGCAUCCGCUUCUUCGGCUCAGAGUGCUUCUACACCACCGCGAAGAAGCGCGGGCCCCCGAAAGGCUCCCCCGCGCGGGGAGGCCACAAGAAGCGCGCUCUCAACCAGGCCGCAGCCGCCGCUGCCGCAGCCCAGAACGGCCAGAACGGCACGCCCAACGGCGACGACAAGAAGAAGGAGAAUGGCAGCGGCAACGGGACGCCCGACGAAAAGCCUCCACCACCCGCGCUCCCGGCCCCGGAACCGCGCAUUACGACGCCGCUCGUGCAGUCGACUACGCCCAGUCUCGACAACAAUCUCUUGACCGACCUUGGCAUGCUCUCGAACACGGCGUCGAUGGAGUUUGUGCCUCCGCCAGACGUGUAUCCGCGCGACGUGCCGAGCAUUGCGUUCAAACCGCCGACACCGACAGGGAGCGUGGGUAGCGUCAUGUCCGUGCCUGCGUCGACAAUCGGUGGGCCAUCAAUCGCAGGCGACGUCGGUCUCACUUCCGAGGGGCUCGACGAUCUGCUCCUCGUGUACGAAACGUUCAUCCACCCCUGCUGGCCAAUCGUCUACGUGCCCGCGCUACCGAAUCUGCGCGUACUGCGCACCCAGUCGCCGCUGCUCUUCGACGCGAUCCUCGCCAUUUGCGCCGCUAAUUCAGACCUCGUCCCGGGCCAGCCGUUCAUGUCCCCCGGGAAGUCGCCUGGAUCCGACAGGCCCUUUAGCACAAUCUGCGAGACGCUCACCGAGAGCGUGCGGCAGCGUGUCAUGUGCGCCAUGAUGAAUGGCACGCCAGCGUCGCUCGAGCAGGUCCAGGCGCUAAUCUACGUUGCACUCUCCGACCUCGGCAACGGCAAGAGCUCGCUCGCGUACCAAAUGUCUGGCAUUGCGUGCCGAAUGGCCAUUGACCUCGGCCUCAACACGCAUUUCGCGGACCCCUCGGACAAGAACCGCACCAAGCAGGAGCGCAUCCGCACAAUCUGGGCGUGCUUUAUUCUCGACAAGAUUGUUGCCGCCGUGCAGCAGCGACCGCCGUCUCUGCACCGCAUUGACAUUGACGCUCCCCGCAGUGCCGACGCCAUGGCGUGUCUCAAGUCGCACACGCUGAGCAGCUUCAACGCCUGGGCCGACGUCAUGGCUCUCCUCGAGCAGAUUCUCGACGAGGUCUACCGCCCGUCAACACGCAGGGCGCGCAUGGAUGGCGUUCACGUCGAGGGCUACGAGGACGCGGUGCGGGAUAUUGACGCGCAGCUGAAGCGCUGGCGCGCGAGCUUGCCGGAACACCUGCAGUGGCGUGACGAGGACGAGAACGCGCAUGCCGACGUUGGACUGCACCUCCUCACCUGCCGCGGAUGGUACGAGCUCUGUCUCGUCCUCCUGCACCGCCCGCAAGUCCCCUACCUCGAGUCUGCCGAAAGCCCCUCGGCACCCAACGACCCGUACCGCUCCGCUCUCGUUCAGCCGCCUUACAAGCUCCCGUCGGGCGUGGACGUGUCGCGCGCCGCGGCGACGCAAAUGUGCAAGAUUAUGGAGAGCUACGAGCGCACCUUCCGCAUCCGCAAGUUUGCGUCUUCCUGGGUCUACCUCGUCUUCCAGGCUGCCACUGUUCACGCCGGUCUCGCAUCCGAGGGUGGCGUCGCGGAGACAGUCACGCGCGGUCACCCGCGGCAAGAAUCGCACAGGCGUCUGGAACAGUGCAUUCGCUGGCUCGACCAGAUCAGCAUGCAGUGGGUCAGCGCGAGUCGACACGUCGAGAUUCUGCGCAAGCUCAACGCCGUCGGAAGCCGCACGCGCCCGCCAAGUCCCGCGCCAAUGAUUGGCGGCAACUACGACCUCGCCGAGCUCGGAGGCGAGAUGCUCCCCAGCGGGGCGAGCACGAGUGCAACGACUGGUACGGGGCAGGAGACGCUCAACGACCUCGAUCUCAACGCGUGGAUGCUGCUCUGGGCCGGCAUGCCAACAGCCGGAGACGACAUCAACCUCUGGCAGCAGUGCUUCCCCGACAUGCCCGCGUCAUAG